AUGAACCCAAUCAUCCUCUACGGCCACCGCGCCGGACCCAACCCCAGAAAAGUCGCCAUGCCGGCUUUCGAGCGCAUCAACCCCAACGGCCGCGUCCCCGCGAUCGAGGAUUCCAACACCGGGAUCACCCUGUGGGAGUCGGGCGCCAUCAUCGAAUACCUGGUUGAACGAUACGACCCGUCGCUGACCAUCAGCUUUCCACCAGGAAGCGCGGAGUCUCACCAUGCGAGACAGUGGCUCUACUUCCAGUCCUCCGGGCAGGGUCGGUACUUUGGGCAGGCGGUUUGGUUCAGGGUCCACCAUCCUGAGCGGAUACCGAGCGCGGUGAAUCGGUACGUGAACGAGAUCAGACGGGUGGUGGGUGUUCUUGACCGUGCACUAGAGGGACGGCAGUAUCUGGUCGGUGGAAGACUGAGCUAUGCGGAUAUCUCCUUUGUGACCUGGAUGGAGGUUGUCCCUUGGGCUUCGGAUAAUGGGAUCGAGCUGGAGAGGGAAUUCCCGAAUGUUUAUGCCUGGCUUACGCGAGUGAAGCUGCGUCCGGGAGUGAGAAAGAUUCUGGAUUUGGCGAUUGACCUGCCGAAGAGGAAGUGA